GUGGCCUUGAAUAUGGUCCUUCCCUGCCACUUGCCAUUCCUCACUCCUGAAGUCUUGAGGCUUCUUGAGGUACAUGUGAAAAAAUGGAUGCAUUUCCAGAGAUGGGGGCUCCCCAGACGUGUAGAAGAAUCCCUGAGGCAGCUUAUGCCAAACCCACCAUUGUAUUACCAGCCUGAGAAUAUUCCUCAAGUCUCUAAUCAUAGAUUUGAGACCAUUUCGCAUGAGACCUUGUGUUCAUGUACGGCCAGCCAACCCACUCAGACCUUCUGGGUUUCUGAAUGGUCCAUGAUGAACCCACAAGAAAAACAGUACUGUGAGAAAAUCCCAAACCCUGUGGCUCUCGCCUUGCCAUCUCCAGACCUUAAAGUCCUAAGUGGCUUCUAUCCACUGCCUGGGGGCCAGGCUAGUGACUUGGGAAGCCAUCUGCAGAAAAAAUAUAGCCAGCUAUUCUGUGGCCUCCCUUCUCUGCACAGUGAGUCUCUGGUUGCCACUUUCCUGGGCUCCCAAGGCCUGCCCAAGAGGAAGAACAUGUCCAAGACCCCCAUGAAGGGCCCUUUCUUCUUGAAGAAUGUCUCCUCCCUCCCCCUGCCACCUAAAACCCCACCCUUAUCAGCACCCCCUUCUUCCCCACCUUCCCCAAAUUGGGUGUCUCCAUCUGACCAGCAACAAGCUCAGAUCAAUAUCCCAUUUCUGACUCUGGCUGAGUGUGAAGCCUUGGAGUGGCACCUGCUGCAGAGACAGCUCCAGCGUCAGUGGGGCUUGCCAGCUAUCUUCCAGGGAACUCAGCAUGCCCACAGCCCCAUGCAGAAUGAGCCUUGUGACAAAGCCCAGUUUCCUGAAAUGGUGAAAACUUCCUGGCCAGGGAAGCCUAUCUCAGUUUUCACCAGGCAACUACUCUUCUUCCCGGAGCAUGCUCGGAGGCUGCUAGAAUUCCACCUCCAGAAGCAGCUGAUUCACCAUCGCUGGGGCCUGCCCCAGAAGAUCCAGCGGUCCAUUCAGUUGCUCCAUUCUUACACUGACCAGAAGACUUUGUCCUGGAGCAGCACAACGCUAGCCGACUUAAGCCUCCCGCAGCCUAUCGCCUUAGAAGACAAUGGGAAUAGUGCUGAGUUCUCACCCAUCACGGACCCAGAGUCCAUCCCCACGCCACAUUUGUUUGCUCAGGUCAAGGCAAUAUUGCAGAGCCACAUUGACUCCAAAUGUGGACAGAUCCACCAGGGCAAGGUUCCUGCUUGUGUAUUUACUUCCUGGGACUGCAUAAUUCCUGGAGGAAUGGCAGUGACUCCCUUCCCUUGCAUUCCAGAAAGCCAGCCCCUGGAGCCACAGGCAGCAAGUGACCCCAAUCUAUAUGACAAACUUAUGCCCUGGAUGCCAAAGGCCCUUGAUCAGCAGCAACAGGCCUUACUAGGUACUGUCACUGAACACCCCAAGCUGCCCAAAGCCUUGUCUGAGGGAGCCAAGGAGAAAUUGGAGACAACUUUACGGCACAAGUAUCUGGCCUUCCUGUCAGGGCUGCCUGCUCUCUACUAUGUGGCUCUCUCCAGAGCCAUGGCCUCUGCUGUCACUAGCAAACCUGUCACCACAGAGAUGGUGCCUGAGCCUGUCGAAGUUCCAGCAGAGCCUCUGACUGAGAUCUCACUUGAAGAAGAGCGUUCAAGCCCUGGGCCAUGCUUUCAAGACAACAAUGAGACUUGUGCAGAUGCUGCAGAAGAGCUUCAGCCUGCAGUGGAAGCGGAAGAAACGAUGGAGGCAGUGUCUCAAGAAAGCCAGAUACAUUCUUCUAACCGCAUGUCACUCAAGACACAUAUCUUGGCCAAACUGAAUUUCCACCUCAGAAAAAAGAUCCUAGAGAUACAAUUGGGGGUUCCCAUAAGGGCGAGAGAGUCUAUGGAACAAACUGCAGCAGUCCCAGAGGACACAUCCACACGGGGCGCUCAUGGGAGUCUAAAUAACCAAAGAGAAACGUUGCUCCAGGAACCACCCAUCCCACCAGACACUCAUGUCCCAGAUCUAGAUCCAGUUAAUGUUACUGAACAGCUGGCCAUUGAGUUGAAGCCAGUGCAGCAGGACCACAAGGAACCUGGUUCCAAAGCAGUGCUCCAUGGUUCUGCCCACUGGAUCUCCAAGAUUCCACAACCCACUGGGGACAUGACAGAGGCCCAGGUGCUUUGUGUUCAGGUGGAGACCAGUGUGAACAACCCCAGCCUGGAGGAACCCUGGAGCCCUGAGCCCCAAAGCCCGGACAAGAGCAAGGAUUCAGCCCAAGUCCCCAUGUUGGCAGAAAAGAUAGAAGACCCAGGGAAACCCAAAGCAGUUGGAGACCAUGGAGCAGGGGAUGCAGGGUUUAGUCUCUCCUCAACCAGAGAGGAAAGACACCCUGGUGAAGACCAGAGGCCAGGAGACAGGCUUCCGAACAAGAUAUCCCAAGGCUCCUGGAGACACAGCCAUAGAUUUCAUCAUCUUGCUGAUCACUGUCUACACAGCCUCCAGUUUUACCCUCAGCCUGAGCUGUCAGACCUAUACCCAGGAGCUCCUGGUGGGGAAGCACCUGAGAAUGCCCUGCAGGACAGUCAAACCGAGCUAAAUGUCAUCCUCGAACCAGCAAUAAUUCCUGAAAAUGCCCAGGGUGAGGUGGCCGAGUCGUCACAGGACCAGCCUUUCCCAAGCCAACUAAUUGAGGAUAAGCCUUUGCAGGGCCAAACUUUGCAAGACCAGGUUUUGCAUGAACAGGUGAUGCCAGCCUCUACUCACAAGAGGCCCAGCCUCCCAAAAUCUAGCUUAAAAAAUGAAAUGAAAUCCUUCUUACACCAUAUUAACCUCAUGACAAAAGGCAAACGGCAUGAGGAAUCCAUGUUCUCAAUAGCUGAGAAAGUGGCCAAAACCAGGAAAGAAAAUGUUGAAAAGAGCCUGGUUCCAGCCAAAAGCCCUAAGGGGAGAACUAGGACAGAGAAGCCAACAGGGCACUCCAAGGCCCAUUCUCCCACCACAGAGAAGCCGGUGGUCCGGGUCUUCUCAGGUGGUGCCUAUACCUCAGACAACAAUCUCCGGUUUCGCUCCAGACAACCUGAUUCUGCCUCGGUCCUGGGCCACUCCCACCACUGCCCUUGGCACUGUCCUCGAGGGGCUUGUGCCAACCAGCCAAGGGCAUCCUGUUUAGCUCCCAACCUCCACCUGAAAUAG